AUGAAUCUCCAUCUCUCAAGGCCUUCUACAAACCCAACAACAAGAAGGUCGGAUCCGAGUAGUAGUUCUUCUUCUUCUUCCACCACUACUCUGACCACCACCACCACUCCUACUCCGAAAUACACCACCAAAACCCAACAACGACAACAAUACAUCAUCCACCAAGUUCCCUAUCUUGAUCAAAUAACGGAUUAUUCCUGUGGAGAUGCAAGCCUCAACAUGGUACUCUCCUAUUAUUAUCAAGAGAAAAUCAUUGAUCAGAGAUCCAUCAUUGAUGUGGCUCGUACUUCCAAUCAUACAGGUACUCUGAGCUUGGAUGUCGUGAGAAGUGCCAGAUUCUCUCCACUCUCGAGUACACCAACCUCACAAGUCUAUAUUCAAUUUCCUGAAGUAGCUCCAACAUCAGGAUGGUUUAAUUCGAAAUUUGCAAACCAAUCACAAGCUUCUGUACCAGUAAAUUUAUUUGAACAUUCUGGACUUGUGACCUUGUACUAUCCAGAUCGAAAUACACUCUUGCCAUGUGAGGUGGCGAGAAAUGACACUUCGACUCCAUGUUGGGUCGAUCAUUUGGUGAAUGAAUUUUUGAAAAAUAACAUUCCAGUAAUUUGUUUGAUGAAUUUUAAAGUGGAUUCAGGAGGUCAUUAUCGAGUGGCAGUAGGUUAUGAAUUUGAAAAAGAUGUGACAUCAGGAAAGGAAGUUAUUACAGGAAUUAUCAUGUUAGAUCCUUGGGAUAGAAAUAACAAUCCUACCAGGGUCACCUAUGGUGUGGAUUUAUUUUGUAAAAUGUGGAAACAUGCUGAACCUAAUGAUGACAAGACAUGUUUCAAACCUUAUUUUGGAGUUGCUGCUUUUCCUCUCUCCAUUAGUGUCACUGAAAAUUCCAAGACAAGUUUCAAUAUUAAGGUGAAAUAUCCAUGUGUUUUCCCACCCAAUAAUUCUGAUGGAAAACAAAACUAUAAUUCUCCAAAUCUUCCACUCACUACAACCAUUCAACAUUUGAGUAUGGAAAUUUCAGCACUCUCCAAACCAAAUUCUAAUGGAAAAGCAAAUGUCAUGUUCACAGAAAGCAUUCCUCUCACAAAUACAUUUACAGCAUGUGAUUCACACAUGUUGAGUAAUAAUCUCCCCACAAAUGGUGCUGAUUCGAUUCGAAUUGUUGCAAGAGGAAUGGUUUGUGACACUGUUUUACCAACCGAGUAUGACACUAAUGUUUGGAGUCCAAGUUACAAAUAUUGUGAUUAUAUUGGUGGAGCGAUUAUUCACAAGUUGUAA